AUUUUGUGGGUCCAAGUAGCCCAAGAGUUUACCUGACAGUUAAAUGUAAAAACUUAACCUAUCACUUUCAAAAACAAAGACCUACCUUAAAUUAAACCGCUAAAAUGGAAUUAAAUAAGAAUUUAGUUAGAGUACAAGCUACACUAAUGAUGUGUGCUAAGGAAAUGGGAGAUUUUACAAGAAUAAAUUAUGUUGGAGGGAAUGAGGGGCAUAUUCUGAAGCUCACCAGCCAGAUGGCAAAUUGUCUGGCUCGAAGCCAUUUAUUGGAAUUACCAGAUAAGCCAUCGACAAACCACACAAGCGAGCUUAAUGAGGUGGUGUUUUUCUUGGCUUUGAACACCAAGUUUAACAGACAGUUGCCCCAGCUUGAGCAGCAGUACCGACACCUAAUUAACAUAAUACCGCAGAUCUCCAAGUGUGUUCUAGCUAAUAUUUGUUUCGGCAUUAACCUGGUGUCGCACUACGGUUAUGUGAUUGAAAACUUGCCCUUAGAAGUCACUGAGGAGCUUCUGGAUCAGACAAUUGAUUGCUUGAAGAAAGGCCAGUUGUAUGAUAAUCUUCAUAACGCGUUCGUCAUCUUGAAGAGCACAGUCAACAAGGUUUCCGCGCUUACAUCUACAACUGAAAUGUCUGAAGAUGUGCUAAGAGCCGCCAGCAUAAUUCUACAGAAUGUCACCUUUAUCACCACAGAGGAAAUCGAAUAUAGAAAUACCCGAAAGGUGUACCAUCACAUGGGUUUCAUCGUGCUUCGUCUGCUAGACUUGAUGUUGCAUGUAGACCCAUCCAAAGACGUAGUUGCAAAAUUCAUCCCAGGUCUUGUAUCGACAACAUGCGGCCUUCUGAAAUGCGUUACAAUUGAUGUAUACUGCUCAUGGGUAGAGAUUAACGAAGGCGACGAAGUCCUGCAGGCGGUCAUAUCAGGCAAGGCCUAUGUAGUAUUGGAAAAGUACCAGAAGAACAAAAUGGCCUCGGAACUCGUAAGCAUGCUUGGCACCAUCGCUCGCAAACCAAAGACAAUUGCCCAGCGAAUAAUGGAAGCGGAUACUGCCAGGAAAAUUUGCAUGGUAGAUGAAAACGACCAACACCAAAUGUCCUGGUUUAGGGCCUUGUGUCUCGACCCGUUCUCUGAUGCAAAAGCUACUGCUUGCAUUGAAAAAUGGUGGAAAUUGUGCGAUGAAAGCGCUGUAGAUAAGUUACUGAGCGCUCCGACGCAACAAGCUAACCAACACAAGCAACUGAUUUUAAAAUGCGCUUCCAACUUGGGGGUUGAUGAACUGUGCAGGGUAGUAACCAUACAUUUCAACAAGAAAAAAACCCAGUGGUCUGAAGACAUAACGGAUCAGUUGGUUGUUUAUUUCAACCAAGUUCACCGGGAUAUGAACGCAGACGAACUAAAACAGAUUCUGUUGCUGUUUCUUCAGAACCCACAUAUUGCAAUCCAACAGCUCUACAUAAAUGCGUUCAAAAGGAGCGAUGAGCUAGUGCAGGUUUUCAAACUGUUCAAAGAUGUUUCAGAUGUUGAAAACAUCAGCCGAAAGUUGCUGAAGGAAUUAUUUGAAGAGCAUCCGCCAUCCUGUCAGAAUAUGCAAAACUAUAUUCAACUCUUGUCCAGCAUGAUCAAUUGCCAGUAUCACACCUGGGAUUUUAUCGUCACCGAAGUAAUCCUUACCAGGCUGGUGUUUUAUAAGAAGAAUGACCAACUGGAGGAGUUCAAAUGCUGCCUGCAAAUGCUUAAGCAUUUUCGUGAUUUAGACUGCCAACUAUCGAAAGAAGUUGAACUGUAUGAGUACAUUCUGAUCUGCUCAUCAAAGAACCGAUGUGCCUCUUUUAUUAACUUUGAUCAGAUUAGACAAGAAAUUGCCGGUCAUUGCGUGGACUAUAUGCUGCAUAAAUGUGAAAAAUUUCGAACACUAGAGGCCAAAAAGGAAAGCUUUCCUACUUUAGCUGAGAAUUGCGCUGAUCUAUGGACAGAAUACUACAGGAAAUCCUUUUGGGAAACCAAGAAAAGCAGUUUAUUGGACACAAUACUUCCAGGCCUUGAUUUCACAAACUACAGAGAAAGCACCGUGGAUCAGAACUUCACCAGUUUACUCAAGACUCUGCCACGUUGCACCCCGUCCGAAUGGAAGCAGCUUUUAGAAGAACUUGCAGAGAAAUUCAGCGCUAAAACUACGCUGAAUGUGCUAACGGACAUAAUGUGUUUGUUGUGCGAUUUCGCCGAUAAUCAUUCGAAAGUGGACAGCCCAAACUCCACGCCUUUGCAAGCCAUUCAAUUCUGCCUGCAAAACUACGGAGCAUUCACGGCAUCUGCACCGGACAACAUUUCCGACCAACUGGAAGUCAUCAAUGAUAUUUGCCGAGUGUUGAGGCACAUUCCGGGCUAUUUAACAGCAACCGAAGGCAUGUGCUUAAUAAACGCUCUUCCAGAGAAACCACUACAGUUUCUAGCGGCUGAUGAGCAGUUUAUUAACCAAAUUAUACUCAUCAGUGAUAAAGAGCUCAGACAAGCCUUGGCGCAAAAGGUAUUAGCCAGCUCCCAACGAAACGAAUAAAGUUCUUUCCUACUCUCUUUGCGCAAAAAUCUACUUCGUUGGAGCUGAAUUGUAUUUAUUUAAAAUCUUCCGUCUGGUAGACGGCAAUUAAACCUAAAUGAACGCAA